GUCCGGCAAAAUGAUUCUCCGAUCUUUAUUUAUGUCAGCAUUAGCUGUAGGGCUGGUUCUUUUAAUAAGUAGGCCUACCGACUGCCAGACACCUACCCCGUGGUCGCCAGUCUGCCCUUACGAGUGUGUUUGUUUUUGGGGUGCCAGCAUCGACACCAAAGUUUUCAAUGGAACGUACAUGAACUGCACGUUCCGCAGACGCGGGCCUUUUCCAGUGGGGGAGGUUCCAGAGGAUACAGUUAUACUUGAUCUGUCUUUUAAUGAAAUGGGAAAAAUACCGACAGGGGCGUUCGACAAGAUACUCCAUCUACAGGGUGUUUGGCUUGAAGGAAACCACCUUUCUGAUACCAAAGUGAGCCAAGGGGUAUUUGAUCCGCUGAAGUAUCUACAGAUUAUUGACCUAUCGUUUAAUGACUAUACUCGUAUUCCUCAGAAUGUGCCAGAAACUAUUAAGCAGUGGUAUUUUGUCACCAAUAAGAUAACACAUUUAUCUAGCACCGACCUCGACAGAUACCCUUUAUUGGAGACCCUCCAGUUAUCUAACAACAACAUGACCUAUAUCCCCGUAGGCUUUUUUGCAAAACAGAAGCUCCUGUCAGUGUUACAAAUAUCUUCAAAUCCGCUCACCAGUGCUGGGACUCCGCAUGGCGUGUUCAAAGACGCGAUUAGUCUUAGCAGUUUGGAACUUAAAUCGGAUAAGUUGACUCGAAUUCCAAGUGGUUUGCCGGAAAACCUGCAAACCCUUGAUCUUUCAACAAAUAAUAUUGGUCGCCUCUAUUCCAGCGACUUUGUAGGAAUUUCACGCCUUGGAGGGCUCGAGUUGUCCUCAAAUGAAAUAUCAGCAAUAGGCACUGGGGUAUUUUCAAGUCUGAUAAACCUGAAAACUUUGGGUCUCUCGAAUAACUAUCUCACGCAUUUAACUGACGGAUUGUUCGACGGACUUGCCAGUCUUGGAGGGCUCGAGUUGUCCUCGAAUGAAAUAUCAGCAGUAGACACUGGGGUUUUUUCAAGUCUGAUAAACCUGAAAGAUUUGGGUCUCUCUAAUAAUCAUCUCACGUAUUUAAAUGACGGAAUGUUCGACGGACUUGCCAGCCUCGAGUCAAUUUCCUUGUAUGGGAAUAAAAUGAUUAUGAUAUCGGACAAUGCCUUUGUCCCUUUGAGAAAUCUUGCAACCAUUGACUUGGACUCGAACAGUCUUGAAACUCUACAGUAUGAGGUUUACUACAAUCCACCCUUCAAGAAUUUGACUUCGCUCUUCAUAUCGUCUAACCCGUGGAACUGCGAUUGCCGCCUUAGAUGGUUGCGUGAGCUGGUUGAUCUAAAGCCUUAUUUAAUGCUUCCGGAAUUUGUAAAAUGUGUGCAACCACCAUAUUUGCAGAACUUGACAUGGGACAUCCUGUUUCCAGAAGAUUUUGUUUCAUCUUUGAAACAGUCUGGCAAAAUGAUUCUCCGAUCUUUAUUUGUGUCAGCAUUAGCUGUAGGGCUGGUUUUUUUAAUAGGUACCGACUGCCAGACACCUACCCCGUGGUCGCCAGUCUGUCCUUACGAGUGUGUUUGUUUUUGGGGUGCCAGCAUCGACGCUAAAGUUUUCAAUGGAACGUAUAUGAACUGCACGAUCCGCAGACGCGGGACUUUUCCAGUGGGGGAGGUUCCAGAGGAUACAGUUAUACUUGAUCUGUCUUUUAAUGAAAUGGGACAAAUACCAACAGGGGCGUUUGACAAGAUACUCCAUCUACAGGGCGUUUGGCUUGAAGGAAACCACCUUUCUGAUACCAAAGUGAGCCAAGGGGUAUUUGACCCGCUGAAGUAUCUACAGAUUAUUGAUCUAUCGUUUAAUGACUAUACUCGUAUUCCUCAGAAUGUGCCAGAAACCAUUAAGCAGUGGUAUUUUGUCACCAAUAAGAUAACACAUUUAUCUAGCACCGACCUCGACAGAUACCCUUUAUUGGAGACCCUCCAGUUAUCUAACAACAACAUGACCUAUAUCCCCGUAGGCUUUUUUGCAAAACAGACGCUCCUGUCAGUGUUACAAAUAUCUUCUAAUCCGCUCACCAGUGCUGGGAUUCCGUAUGGCGUGUUCAAAGACGCGAUUACUCUAACCAGUUUGGAACUUAAAUCGGAUAACUUGACUCGAAUUCCAAGUGGUUUGCCGGAAGCCCUACAAACCCUUGACCUUUCAACAAAUAAUAUUGGUCGUCUCUAUUCCAGCGACUUUAUAGGAAUAUCACGCCUUGGAGAACUCGAGUUGUCCUCGAAUGAAAUAUCAGCAAUAGACACUGGGGUAUUUUCAAGUCUGAUAAACCUGAAAACUUUGGGUCUCUCUAAUAACCAUCUCACGCAUUUAAGUGAUGGAAUGUUCGACGGACUUGCCAGCCUCGAGUCAAUUUCCUUGUAUGGGAAUAAAAUGAUUAUGAUAUCGGACAAUGCCUUUGUCCCUUUGAGAAAUCUUGCAACCAUUGACCUGGACUCGAACAGUCUUGAAACUCUACAGUAUGAGGUUUACUACAAUCCACCCUUCAAGAAUUUGACUUCGCUCUUCAUAUCGUCUAACCCGUGGAACUGCGAUUGUCGCCUUAGAUGGUUGCGUGAGCUGGUUGAUCUAAAGCCUUAUCUGCUGCUUCUUCCUGAAUUUGUGAAAUGUGUGCAACCACCAUAUUUGCAGAACUUGACAUGGGACAUCCUGUUUCCAGAAGAUUUUGUUUGCUGAUGACAUGGCAACAGGAAGAAGCUGGUUUGAAUAGUUUCCUUGCUUGACACUUUCUUAAAAAACUGCUUCAAAACAAUUUAUAAGAACUUUGGUUUUUCAAUUAGCAUGGAUACCUGGUCUGGCAUGGAAAACAAUACGUGCGACGACCAGUGCAUGGAAAUAAAAUUGGUGGCUGUUGUUAUUUAAUAUAAUCUUUGAAGCACUACUAUUUUUCCUCAAUUUAUUUCAUGGUUCUAUGUAAUAUUCACAAGAUGAAAAAAAUAGUCAUAUUCUCUUUUUAAAGAGUAUACACAACCCAUCUUGCCAUCAUGACUGCCACCUCGGACAGUCACGAGGUAUGGUGCCUUUAACCGUUAAGUGUUCCUCACCAAUAAGUUUGAAGGUCAGCGCACGUGCCUAAUUUUAAUUUAAAACUUUUUCACAUUGUAAAAGUAAAAGACAGACUAAAAAAGCCAUGUUGUAUGUUUUGGUAUCAAAUAUCUGUCUAUUUUCUAAUCUGAAACCAUACUAAGACUGUUUGUAUCAAUUCUCAAAAAGUACGACCAAAAGAUUAAUUGUAGCAAUGACUUUACUUGUUUAAUGACUAUACUCGUAUU